AGGGGGUGGGGGAGAUUUAUAGUCAGCUACUUAAUGUGUUGUGCUUCAGUGAAACAUAAAACCAUUUGAUACAACUGUAUUUCUAAUGAAAUGGGUGUUGCAGACUGAUCUGGCAACCGAGAGUCCCGGGGCAGGUCCUGCCAGUGCGUCGCCGAGAGUCCGGAGGCUGAGGUUUGCGUGGACAUUUCUGGGAAAGUCUUCAAAGCUCAGUUGUCGCCGAGGACAACCUCGGAAGAGAUUCAGCACAGGGUUCUUGCAUUUCGUCGGUGGGUCCUCCGUCCUGCGCCCAGAAGUUCUACCCAGGAUUAUGUGGAUGGGGUAAACUAUUGGGAUGUAAACGUGAGUGUACUUUGGAGAUGUGAUGUGGUCCAAAACUUUUCGCCGAAAUACUUUAUUCAUUUUCUCUCGGGGCUGAGGAAUUAUCUCCAAGUCUUGGAUGUCUGUAUAACAGAGAUGAUACUUUUCUGAUCCUCUGGGAUUGUACUUGAAAACGGAAGAGUAGCUGACUGAGAUGAAAUUCUGGAUAUAACUGUUAACGCACAACAAACGCUUCUCUUAUUCGACUUAUCUCUCAAAUAAAGAGCAGAUAGUGAAGUGGAUUUCCUCCGCAGAAGGCAUGCUCUGAAAUACAUCAGUGGCAGCUAUUACGUGCCUAUUCUGCACACUGUAUGUCUUCAUCUGGAAUUAAUUGAUUAACAAAUUCAAAUGCACUAAAGACGCGCCAGGACCGCGGCUCCACCACUGGAUCUGUAUUUUUCCCUCAGUGCGUGUUUAGCCUACUUUAUCUGACAUCUCGCCAGAAUGCGGAGGGCUUUUGUACUCAGUUUAGCUCUGGUAUAUCUGUUAACCUGGACAGGUGAAGCCGACAAACUGACUCACAUAAAGCGGGUACAGUUGCACAGACGCGCAAGACUCGGACGUAUCCAGCUGGGCACCACGGACAAAGAGCGCCUGGGCGGGCGUGUGCGCCCUGGUUUUGGUUCCGCAAUCUCGGUGCACGGCUAUGGGAAGGGGGGACAUGUGCAGGCCGACGAGGGUGUCCAGUUUUCCGCCAGGACAGUUACUGUACAGGGCAAGAGAGCGGAAGGUCAGAGUCUAGUGCCAAGCAGAGGAGUGUCCGGACAGAUUGGCUUGCCCCGGCAGCCGGACAUGCUGCAAGAUGAGGGCACCCCAGGAGCGAGAGCUAGGGUCACCCGGAUGCCCAGCAGCGCCGGGUCACCAAAUCUGCUGGCCAGUUUCGCAGGAAAAAACCGCGUGCUGGUCAUCACAGCGCCUCAUGACUCAGAUGGCUAUUACCGACUCAUGAUGUCGCUAUUGAAACCAGAUGUGUACUGCGAGCUGGCCGAGAGACAUGUCCACCAGAUCGUCAUGUUUCAUCAGGAGGGAGAGAUGGGGGGCAAGGUGAGGAGGAUCACCACGGAGGGGAAGGUGAUGGAGGAGCCGCUGGACACAGCACUCAUUCCCAGACUCAUGAGCUUCCUCAAAAUGGAGAAAGGUAAGUUUGGGAUGGUGCUGCUGAAGAAGACCCUGCAGGUGGAAGAGAGGUACCCCUACCCUGUGAGGCUGGAGGCCAUGUAUGAGGUCAUAGACCAGUCACCCAUGAGGAAGCUGGAGAAGCUGAGACAGAAAGGUUUCAUCCAGAAGUGCAAAGGAGCAGGUGUGGAGGGUCAAGUGGAGGAGGGCACGCUCACAGUAGAUACACCAGUAGAAAGAAGACCAGGGAAGAAGAUCCCAAGGAAGCCCACAACAACAACCACAGCUGCCACAACCACCACCACAACAGCAACUACACGACCAGCCACAACAAUUACCACCACCACCACCACAACCACAACCAGAGCAACAACAACCACAACUAAAGCAACAACAACCACCAAACCUACAACUACCACCACGAGAAGAACCACCACAACCACCACAAAACGACCCACCACCACCACCACCACUACCACAACCCAGAGACCAACCAGAGCCCACACCACAGCCCUGUGGCUCCCAGCCCCAAGAACCACUGCUGAUCCAUCCUACUACAACCGCAGAGAGAGGGAGAGGUACCUGGCUAAAACCACCCCGGCUGGAGAUAACCGCACUGACAAGGACAACAGAGAUCCACACAGCCGUAAACUGGUACCUGCUACACAUAAACCCUCCAGGAUCAAACCCGCCAGGAAGAAGAAUGGAGGAGAGCAGGUGUUAACUAAUGAGUACAAGGACAAGUAUGAACCCAGCAAGCCAACAGUCAGUGAUCCCGAGGAGACAGAAACCUUCACCGACACCAAUCCCACCAAGAAGGUCAAGAGCAAGCAUGAGAAGCUUGAUAAGAAGAAGAAAAAGAAUGACAAAGCUGCCAAGAAAGCAGACAGGAGAGGAGGAAAGGCAGGGAAAGACGGGAAGAUCGGGGGAAAGAAAAAUGGAAAGAAGCUGUUGAAGUACCCAGUGAAAGAGGACUACCCGAAGCCCACUAAGAAGCCAACGCCCCCUCCAAAGGGAUCUCUGGCCUCCUUCCUGGACUACUUUGAGAACAGGAGGCGGCUGCUGCUGAUUACGUCCCCCAGUGAGGAGAACAGUAUGUAUGUUCAGCAGAGGGAUGAGUACCUGGAGUCUGUGUGUGAAAUGGCUAUCAGGAAAGUCUCCAUUAUCACCAUAUUUGGCUCCCUGACCAACUCCACCAUGAAAAUUGACCAUUACCAGCUGGAAAAUGACAAGCCCAUGAAGGGUCUCCGUCAGGAGGACCUUGUAAACCAGGAACUGAUCACAGAGCUGAGGAAAGAGUUUAGCAUGACACAUGAUGACUUCUACAUGGUCCUCACUGAUACUGACAUCAGAGUCAAGCAAUCCUAUGAGGUUCCCAUUGCCAUGAAGGCUGUAUUUGACUACAUUGACACCUUCUCCUCCCGCAUCCGAGAGAUGGAGCAGCAGAAGAGAGAUGGGGUUGUUUGCAAGAAAGAGGAUAAGCCCAGAUCGUUGGAGAACUUCCUCUCCAGGUUCCGUUGGAGACGCCGCCUGUUCAUCAUCUCUGCCCCCAACGACGAGGAGUGGGCCUAUCAGCAGCAGCUGUAUGCCCUGACCAGCCAGGCCUGCAACCUUGGUCUGAGACACAUCGCCAUUCUGAAGUUGGUCGGCACAGAACCGCCGGAUAUGGGUGGAGUCUUGGAACUCUAUCCUAUCAAUGGGAGCGCUACUGUGGAACGUGAAGGGUUGUCAGCCACUCUGGUGAAGGACAUGAGGAACUACUUCCAGAUCAGCCCAGAAUACUUCUCCAUGCUGCUGGUAGGAAAGGAUGGCAACGUUAAGUCCUGGUACCCUUCACCCAUGUGGUCCAUGGCUAUUAUCUAUGACCUGGUAGACUCUAUGCAGCUACGUAGACAGGAGAUGGCCAUCCAGCAGUCACUGGGUAUGCGCUGCCCUGAGGACGAGUAUGGUGGCUAUGGUUACCAUCAGCAUGGAUACGAACAUGGUUACCAAGACGGCUAUCACCAGGGUUAUGGUUACUAACUUCUCCCUCUGCCUUGCAGCUGCUGCUUGGCACUAUGGGCCCUCUGCCUUUUAUCCACAACCUUUUUUUCUUUCCUACCCAUCCUCCAGCAGGCAGUCAGAUGGCUGACAUGAAAUGAGCUCCUUGAAUGUUUUGUAGCACUUAGUGAAAGCCUCAAAUCUAUCGCUUUCACCAAUCCAGUUCUUUGGAGAUAUAUAUGUAUGUGUGUGUGUGUGUGUGUGUGUCUAUACACACACACACACACACACACACACACACUCACACAAACACACAAAUAUAUAUAGCAUAGUAUGCUGCAAGUAAUGGCAAUUCGCCAGCAGCUUUAAUCAGAGCAGGUUAAUGGAUGUGUGAUGUGUAGAUGAGCCUGGGGGUUCAGGGAUCUGUUGUGUCUUAGUUUAUGUUUCAUGGAUUUGUCAUUUCUGACUUCAAACAAAGAGUGUUUUGCACGCUAUCUGUCUCCUUCUCUUAUCUUUCAGGUCGAACUUACAUAUUCAUGUUAUCAGCACAGACCUUUAUUUUGUAGAUAAUGGGCUAAAAUAAGGCAUAUAUGUAUUUAUUGGACAUCUGUUGCAUUUGAGGUGCAGUUAUUAGGAGAAGAAGCUGUUACAUUAUUUCUCUUUUGUAAAGUUUGUGUUGCUACACAAUGUUGUUAUUUAUACUCUAUUGUGCUACAUGACAAAUAAACAUUUGUUUACUAC